AUGUCAUCCGCUAAAGACGUAGAAAUGCUGGACGCAUCCGCGCCAGCAGAAGCCAACACCACAGCCCCUGACCAGGAAUCCUCUCCCGAACAACCACAAAUCACUGUUGCCCUGGAGUUGGAGCUGAACUUCGCUUCUUUACAUAAGGCGGCCGCCAACUUCGACAACAGGUACAUCACAAAGGUUUUCAGAGACUUGGGAUCAUUAAGACGUAAAAUUGUCACGGACCCCACCCCAUUGGCCAGUGCCAUCGUGAAAACCUAUGGGUUGGAGGGCGCCGUCUCGCUUAGAUUGUUACAAUUCCUUCCCACUGAAAGCGUUGAUGCUGCUAAGGCUUCCAAUGGGCAAUCCGCCGACAAUACAGACGCAUCGUUGCCUGAAAUCAAUGCCUACUUGCACCUCCUUGUGCAGCUUUAUCUCCUCGACACGAAUGCUCUCUCGCAAUUGAGGGAUCUCUCUACAAUGAUUGUGGCAUUGCUUAAAUCUUACAACCGCAGAUCGCUUGACUUUAUUCUGGCGAAGUUGUGGUUCUAUGUUGCUAGAUCGGCAGAGCUUCACGAGGAACUCAUCGCCUUGCGUCCAGAGCUCUUGAGCGCCUUGAGAACUGCCACUUUGAGACACGACGACCAAACAACAGCAUCGUUGAUCACGUUGAUCUUGCGCAACUACUUGAAGUCGCAUGAUAUCAGUCAGGCUGCUAAUUUGUGCGAGAAGAUCGUGUUUCCCGCCAAUGCUGGUGCAGCCUUGAGUGCCAGAUAUUUCUACUACAUGUCCUUCAUCAACGCUGUCCAAUUGGACUAUUCCACAGCACACGAAUGCGCCAUUGCUGCGGUGAGAAAGGCUCCACAAACAAAAUGGGCGCACGGCUUCGUCCAAGAAGCCACAAAGCUCAAAAUCAUCAUUGAGUUGUUGAUGGGUGACAUACCCGAAUUGAAGGUGUUCAAAGCUGCCAAUGGCAACUUUGAGCCAUACUUCCAAGUAUGCAAGGCCGUCAGAUUGGGAGACAUCAAACUUUUCGAGGAGGUGUUGAAGAAGUACGAGGAGACCUUCGUGAAAGAUAACCUUUUCACCUUGGUUUCGCGCUUGCGUCAAAACGUCAUUAGAACGGGUAUUCGCACAAUCUCCUUGUCAUACUCUAAGAUCUCUUUGAAAGAUAUCUGUAUCAAGUUGCACCUCGAGUCCGAAGAAGCUACCGAGUACAUUGUUUCAAAAGCCAUCCGUGAUGGUGUUAUCGAAGCUACAGUGAACCACGAGCAGGGCUACAUGAAGUCGAAGGAAUUGCUGGAUGUAUACUCGACUAAAUUGCCACAAGAAGAUUUUGACCUGAGAAUUAGAUUCUGUUUGUCUUUACACACGGAUUCGGUGAAGGCCAUGAGAUAUCCAUCUGAUGACUCAAAAAACGCAAAUUCGGACGCAAAUACUGAAUCCUUUGAUGACAAGAUGGGCUUGUUGCAAGCCCUCGAAGAUGGCGACUUGGAGGAUUUCAUGGAUUAG